GGUGGUAGCAGCAUGUUCAUCGACAAGGGCCUGAACAAGGUAGACAAAUUUGUGAGAGGAGCCAAGGACCUAUACCACACUGAUGUCAUCCCCAUCGACCUCACAGACAGCAGGGCGGCCAAAACACAAAUCAUCAAUUAUAUGAAGGAAACUAACAAGGACAUAGUAGAUGUCGUCAAGAAUCUGAAGAAUGAUACAUUCCUUGCCCUGGUGAACUACAUUGAGCUUAAUGGUAAGGCCAUGUUCUACUUCAUCUUACCUGAUGAAGGGAAGAUGCACAUGGCAGAAGAGAGGCUGAGCUAUCCACACUUCCGCCGGAUGAAGCAAUAUAACAGCCUAAGGAUGGUCAAUGUACACAUACCGGAAUUCUCAAUAUCUGAGACCCAUGACCUGGAGUCAGUGUUGAACCUACUAGGAAUCAACUAUGUUUUCAACAAUGAAGCCAGCAGUUCAGUGGUCAAAGAUGACACACUUCGUAAGUCCUUCAAGGUGAUAAGUAAGGCCACACUGACCUUCGAUGACAAGGGGAUAGAACCUGUUCCGAAUUAUUGCGAUAACGAAGAGUGGGCUAGUAUUUCAGUUUUCCAGUUAAACAGACCCUUCUUAAUCUUCAUUGAGCAUAUGGAAAAUGGGGCCCCCCUCUUUCUUGGCAGGGUGGUAAAUCCCAGAAACUAA